AUGACCCGCGCUCAGCAGACUAUUUCUCUCGGCCUCUUGGUCUCUUCUAUUUACUUUGCUCUCUUCCUCGAGCUCAUUCCUCUCCCUGAUCUCGUCCAGAAGGAAAUCGUCCCAGUGCUCCCCUUCUGGGCUCUCAUUUCUUUCGGCGCUUUGCUCCUCUUCCGUCUCGGCUGGGGCGUCUUUACGUUCAACGAUGUUCCCGCGGCGCACAAGGAGCUGAUGGAGGAGAUUGAGAUGGCAAAGGUCGACCUGAGGAAGCUUGGUGUUGACGUGGAUUAA